AUGGCUGAUGAACUAAUAAGGAAAUGGGGGAACUUCUCCUUGUCGGAAGAGGAGAGUGUUGGAGUGGAAGCCAUUGACAGUGUUGUUGAGGUAUUGGAAUCAAGGAGCCAAUCUUGGCUUGUGGGCAAACUUAUAGCCGACAAGAUCAUUGGGAAGGACUAUAUUCACUCUACCCUUAUCAAGGGGUGGAAGCCGACGGGAUCCUUACAUUUCAAAGUUCUAGGGGAAAAUUUAUUCCUCCUAGAUUUUCAACAUUCUUGGAAUAGAUCACGAGUUUUGGAAGGACAACCAUGGAUUUUUGAGGGUCAAUUGUUCUUGGUGGAAGAGCUGGAUGGGCUUACACCGCCUAGUCGUAUGAAAUUUGAUUCAGCUGCAUUUUGGAUCAGAAUGUACGAUCUCCCGAUGGUCUGUACGGAAAGGGAGAUGGGUUUUAAGCUAGAAGCCACAGUUGGGAAAGUGGAAGAUGUUGAUACCGACGUAGAUGGAACGGGCUGGGGCAAGUAUCUACGUGUUCGUGUGCAUGUAAAUCUAGCAAAGCCAAUUCCGAGGGGACGUACUUUGAAGCUGAAAGACAAAUCUUAUUGGGUGCCUUUCCAAUACAAAAAGGUUCGAAAAUUCUGCUUUAGUUGUGGGGUCAUUAGCCAUGGUCCUCAAGGUUGCUUGAAAGGGGACGGGAAGGGGAAACAAGGAGACAGGUCAGACCUUGAGUAA